UUGUAAAUCGAUAUGCUCGUUAUAUCGAUAUAUAAAGAGAAGUUAUCGUACGGUAACAGUCUUUAGCUAUUAGCAGCUUAUUUUAGUUAAUAAAACCGGCUAGUUUAUAUUUUAAUUAAACAAUUUAACUUUAAAUUACCAUGCCACAAAAAAAUAAAUCAAAGAAACCAUGGCGUCCAAGGCAGAUGCACACUAAAAAUCGACCAGGUCCAGCAGAGGAAUGGAGGAAAACGUUACCACCAAAGGAUGGGGCUAACAAGAAAAGCUUGCGGGAAGACCAGGUCGGUAUAACUGAAUAUGUGAGCAAUGGUGCUGGUUUCACUGGAGUUGUAAAAUCACGUUUUUCUGAUUUUCAUGUAAAUGAAAUUGAUCUAGAGGGAAAAGUUUUACAUUUAAACGAUUUGACAGUGCCAAAGCCACAGGAACCAUCACUUGAUGAGGAGGAGUUAGCGGCAGCUCGUCAAAAAUUCAGUAAAAUCAUAACAGAUGACGUGUGGACUAAAAUGUCCGCAUUAGCUGAAAUGAAAGCACAAGAUCCAGCAGCACAACCUAUAGAUAUUAUAGUUACAACUUUGGAGAAAACAGAACGUGGACAAAUACACGAUAUGCUAAAAACAUUAUAUGGCUCGAAACUGGUUGGUGCAACAGUGAAUGAGUUAAAAGGUGCUACAGAGGAACGUAUUAUACGUGUGAUGAAACCCAAAUUUAAAUCAAGCGCUGAGAAACGUACGCGUUGGAAUUUUCCAGGAGAAUACGUACAUUUCUUGGUAUAUAAAGAAAAUAUGGAAACCAGCGAGGCAGCCUCCCGUCUAGCUUCACGUAUUGGUAUUCAUCCAUCUCAUGUAAAUUAUUGUGGCACGAAGGACAAACGCGCUAAGACUACGCAGAAGUUCUGUAUAAAGCGUCGACUCCCUUCACAAAUUCUAAGCGCUGCUCAAAAGUCAUACGUACGCAUCGGCAAUUUCACAUUUAGCAACGAUGUACUUAAGUUAGGCGAUUUAAAGGGCAACCGAUUUAGAAUCGCUUUGCGUCAUGUUAGUGGUGAUGAGGCGGAAAUUCAGCAGGCGUUAGAGAAUUUACGUGACAAAGGUUUUAUAAAUUACUUUGGAUUGCAGCGUUUUGGUAAUCACGCCGAUAUACCGACAUACGAAAUUGGUGUGGCACUUUUGAAGGCCGAUUACAAAACGGUGGCAGAACUUAUAUUGAAACCGCGCUCCAAUGAUAUACCCUUCAUGGAUGAAGUGCGCCAGAAGUGGUGGAAAGAGCGUAAUUCAGCCGCUGCCGCAGCCAUGUUCAUACCAAAUGAAUUUAUAGAGAAGAAAUUGCUCGAUGGCUUGGCGAAAUACGGUGAAAAUGAUUACGCAGCGGCGUUAAGAAGGAUACCACGCAAUAUGCUCUUGCUUUACCCGCACUCAUUCCAAAGCUUUGUGUUCAACCGCAUUGCCUCGCGACGCAUAAAAGAAUUUGGAUUCAAGCUGAUACCAGGCGAUUUAGUAUAUCGUAAUAAGGAAGAAAUGGACGAAGACAUCAUUGAAAAUUGUAAUUUAGAUAAUACAGCCGAAGAUGCCGCCGAAGAGGUUGAGGAUACAGAAAACAAUGUUGAGACGAAAGAGGCUGAGGCAAAGGGUGAAGCUGAAUCUUCCGCGAAUUCCGAAGUAAAAAAUGAAGACUCAAUCUUUAAGCGUAAAGUCAAAGCUUUAACUGAGGAAGACAUUGCAAGCGGCAAUUAUACACUUUUCGAUGUGGUGCUACCCUUAGCGGGACAUGACAUCACAUAUCCAAGCAAUGAAGUUGGCGCCUGGUAUGAAGAGAUACUCGAAGAAUAUGGUUUGUCUUCCGAAAAAUUACGUCAUAAGGUAAAAACCUAUGCUAUGGCUGGCACCUACCGCAAAUUGCUGAUAUGUCCCAGUGAAUUAACAUGGAAAUUCCGUAAGUAUUCCACACCAGAGGAGACACUAAUUGCAUCCGAUUGGGAUCGUAUUGCUGGCAAAGCUGAAAAUAUAGAAAGAGGUGAAGGCGCUGGUGAACUAAAAGCGCUCUUAUUAGAUUUCUGCUUGCCACCAUCGGUGUAUGCGACCAUGUUGCUGCGUGAGCUGCUGAAGACGGACACAUCGGCAGCGCAGCAAUUGCAACUAGAAAAGGAUGAAAUGAAUAAAGCCAGGGACAGGCAGCAGGCACAAGCUACCAAUGAAUGUAAUGAUGACGCAGCGCCUGAAAGCGUGAGUGAUGAGGCCACAGCCGAAAAGCGUAAACUGACAGCUGAUAUCGCGGAGGAAGUGGAGGAGAAGAAAUUCAAAAGUUCAUAAUAGUUUUAGAGUCGUGGGGGAUUAUAUAUAUAAUAGAUAACAACAACUAUUUAUAGCUGACAAAUUUUCCAAAAAUUUUUGCUAUAUCGUAUCCUAUUUACAACUACAAAAACAAUAAACAAACUAAAAUAAA